AUGGAUAUAUUCGUAAUUACAGUUCCAAAACAAAUUUCACUGAUAAAAUUUCCAGAAUACGUUGUUGUGAGACCUCACCAUGUAUCUAAACAUAAAGAAUUUCCUGUCUAUAGAAUUAAGGCAUUGGGAGAAGAUUAUUUACUACAUUUAUCACCUAAUCAUAGACUAAUAGCACCAGGAUGUAUGGUUCAUCACAAUAAAGAAAAUAAUACUGGACACAGGUAUCCUUGUCACAGCAAGGGAGAUAACUGUCAUUAUCAUGGCACAUCUAUUAAUCACAACUCAUCAAAGGCUGCUAUAAGUAACUGUAAUGGAUUGGAAGGUAUCGUGACUACCAGAGAUCAUGAACUUGUGAUUAAGCCAAUCAGAAAGGAACAUUUAUCAAGAGUUCAACAGGAUACAUCUAUACAAACUCCACAUAUUAUUUAUAAAAAGAAUACAGGAAGUAUAAGACAAACACGAAGUUGUGAUGUAACUGGACCAAACAGAUAUCUAAGUAAGAAGAAAUCGAGACGAGAGAAGCGCCAGGUAUCUGGUGAAAAGUUUUUAGAGAUGGCGUUAGUAGCUGAUAAACAUAUGUAUAAUUACCAUGGUGAUGAUUUAAGGCAGUAUAUGUUGACAGUGGCUAAUAUUGCUGCUGCUAGAUUUGUAGACCCUAGUUUGAGAAAUUCAAUAAUAUUGACCAUUGUAAAAAUACAAAUAUUGGAAGAUGAUGUGCCUGAUUUACUGAUUACUGAGGAAGCAGAUGAAACAUUAACUAGAUUUUGUGAAUGGCAGGAACAAUUUAAUGAUGAAGAUGAUAAUUCUCCUGCUCAUUAUGAUGGUAUAUCUUUACUUACCAGAUUGGACAUUUCCCAUCUAGGUAUUAAAUCUAAUACUGGAUUAGGUACAGUAGGUGGAAUGUGUACACCUAAUGCCAGAUGCACAUAUUGUGAAGAUACAGGUUUAGAUCUAGGUUUAACUUUAUCACAUGAAACUGGUCAUACACUAGGUAUGGAACAUGAUGGUAAUGAUAAUUAUUGUCAAGAUGGUAAAUAUAUCAUGUCUGGAAGUGGAGGUGGAGGACCGGACUCUUUCAUGUGGUCUCAAUGUAGUGCCAGUGCACUAGAAGAAUUUCUGAGUAAUGAGAACUCUUAUUGUUUGGAUGAUUUUCCCACAGGUGAAACUAUAAAAAUACCUACUGAUUUACCUGGUACUAUUUAUACUGCUGAUCAACAAUGUGGUCUGUUCAUGGGACCAGAAUCUAAAAUAUGUCUGGGUACAUCUUUAGUUGAACCGUUUAAUAAUGAUGAAUGUGCUCGAUUAGUUUGUUACGAUCCACAUAAUUCAGGUCAGUGUAUUGGAAGUCAGUCACCAAGAAUGGAUGGAACAGAAUGUGAUGAAAGAAAGUGGUGUAUAAAGGGUCGAUGUGUAGAAAUUGGAACAAAAGGACCUCAACCUGUAAAUGGUGGAUGGUCGGAAUGGGAUGUUGAUUGGUCACAAUGUUCUCGUACUUGUGGUGGGGGCGUGAAGAUUAAAUCACGUGAAUGUAACAAUCCAAGUCCCAGAUUUGGUGGAUUAGAUUGUGUUGGAGAAGAUACAAAAGCUGAACUUUGUAAUCAAAAGGAUUGUACAACCUCACAGUAUAUGUUUAAAGAAGAACAAUGUGCUGCCACUGAUAAUGCACCUCUGUUUGGCAAGCUCCAUCAUUGGAUUCCUUAUGACAUUAUUGGAGAAGAAGAAUGUUUUAGAUAUUGUCAGACCGAAGAUAAUGAUGGACAAAUACAGAUGAGAACAAUCAACGAUGAUGAGAACUAUUUUGAUGGAACUUUUUGUUCUGGAGAUUUUGAAUAUGCAGCUUUCACAAGAUGUGUCAAAGGUUAUUGUCGUGCGUUUAGUUGUGAUGGUAUAUCAGAUGUAGAUCGUAUAUUUGAUGUAUGUGGUGUUUGUGGAGGUCAAGGUGAUACAUGUAUACAACAUAAUGGUACAUUUAGUGAUGGAGAAAAACAACGUUAUGUAACAUUUGUGACAAUACCUGCAGGUAGUAGCGGUAUAUUUAUAAAUAAUCAACAUAGUGGAUUCACUUCAAUGAGGAUCAAAGUUGGAGAGGAAAUAUUGUUUAACAUAGAAGGUGGUAAAAAUGAUCAAUCAGGACAAUAUAUUAGUAGUAAUGGUGUCAAGGUCAAAUAUACCAGACAACUUCGACAACCAGAACUUAUAGAAAUAGUUGGACCAAUACCAUUUGAUAUAGAGGCUCAGGUAUGGAAAAAUUUUGGUAGUACUUUCUUCAGCACUAGACCUGAUAUAUACUAUGAAUAUUAUACACCAAAAGAAAUAAAACAGACAGACAAUUUUAAAUGGAGGUCUAUAAAUGAAGGUUGCAGUACAACAUGUGGUGGAGGUCAGAUGAAAGUAAAAAUAGAGUGUAUAGAUACAUUAAGUGAUAAUAUAGUUGAUGAUAAAAUGUGUUCUACAGAAGAUAAACCUCUUACUAAUGGUCAGAUGUGUAAUGAACAACCAUGUGCUUCUAAUUGGAGAACUGGUAAAUUUAGUGAUUGUUCGGUAACUUGUGAUGGUGGUGUAAAGAAACGUACAGUUGAUUGUAUACAAUCUAUUAAUAAUACACUUACAGUCGUAGGGGCAGAUAACUGUAUUGGUGAUAAACCGACUGAAACAGAAAGAUGUAAUGAUUUAGCUUGUCCUGGAGUUUGGAUGGUUGAUACAUGGUCACAGUGUUCUCAGUCAUGUGGUUUGGGUAUAAAGGAACGUAAAGUUAAUUGUGUAAAGAAUGAUACUAGCAAGACACCAGUAGCUGAUAUACAGUGUGAUUUCUUUAAUAAACCAAACAUGACAGAAAAAUGUCUUCUAGCUCCAUGUUAUACCAAUAUCACUGGUGAUAAUUGUAUUGAUAAAGUUGAUUGUUCCAGACAAGAUAAUGUUUGUCACAAUUAUCCUGAAUAUGCUCAUACCAAUUGUUUACUGUAUUGUGGUCUUUGUGUGAAAACAGCCUCAAUAACAGGGACUACAUUGACAGAGACUUGCGAAGAUAAGGCUGACUGUGAGGCAUAUGGAUCUAAAGUUUGUACAGACUACACACAGUGGAGCAAAAUGAACUGUGCCAAAUUUUGUAACAUUUGUAGUAUUGCCUUGAAGGCAGUUGGACUAAGUGAAAAACAAUCCACUACAACACCAGCUAGUGCCAUUACACAGCAGAUGACAAACUGUACAGAUACAUCUGAUAAAUGUCAGAGCUAUGGAAAAACUGUCUGCAAAGAUUACAAGGAAUGGUCAUCAAUUUACUGUCGCGAUUAUUGCGACUUUUGCUCAGAUGCUACAACAGCAGUGGAAGUUAAAUCUACAAGCCAGGAUGGUUGUUUAGACAAAGCAGACUGUCAAGCCUAUGGUAAAACUGUCUGUAAUGAUUACAAACAAUGGUCUCAAAUCAACUGUAGAAAAUCUUGUAAUUUCUGUAAAAAUUCAGUUCAAAGCGAAGCGGGUAUGAUUUGUUCAGAUCUUAUACAGUGUUCUGGUUACGGGAAGUCUGUAUGUUCCAAAUACAAAGAUUGGGCCAGAAUGAACUGUAAAAAAUACUGCGAACUGUGUUAACUACAAUAUUUUAUGUAACUUGUAUUGGCUUCCUUACAUUUUGUAACUUUACUACCAAAUGUACUUAAAAUAACUCCCUAAAUCGGGUAAUUAUGAAACCACUGAAUUUAGAAUCAUGACUGUCAAAGAAAUAUA